AUGGCUGCCAAGAGAACAAUUGCGACGAGUACCUACGUACUUUUGAUUUUACCUUUGACCUUGAAUGCGGUACAGGUCGCGUUUAACAACACUGCCAGAACAAGAAGCUCAAUUGAAGAUGGAGUGACCUCAGUCAUCAACUUCAAGCAAAGCGCAGCAGCAAGCGACACGACACGGCACGACAACCGGCAGGAGCGCAAGGCCGAAGGGACCGAGUCCCAAGUUCCCAAACCAACCUGCACUACACUACGGAUACCCAACCCGACAUCAUCAGCUCAAGGUGCGCACCAGCUCAAGCUCCACCUCCACACUUUUGCUUCAGGUCCUUGCCGCUACAGCAAACCAAGGUAUCCGUACAGCUACAUACAAAGCUACAGCUGGGAAUACACGGUACCCGACUACGCGCCCAGCCAGGUACCUCGCAACUCUGACGGAUACAUCACCUCACGCGCUUCACCUCAACCUCACCUCAAAGAAUACCCACCCAGACCGAAAAGCCCUGAGAGCUUCAAGGUCAACGACAAUCCCAAGAGCUUUCCAUCUGUCAUUGACGUUGUCGCUGUCGCCAUAGCUGCGGUCGGCACCACACUUGCCUCACUUGCGCGCCGCCAAUUCCACGCACCUCCAUCUCUUUCUACCUUUGCCACCAAAGCAUUGCACACGCAUCACUCACCGGGCCUAUCUCAUCAACGUCCACCACUUUUCUAA